GUUGUCUCUCUUUCUAUCAUCUCUCGUUCUCAGUCGCUGAAAAUGCGAACUCGGUUUCUCGACAUUGAUUACUUCGCUCCAGAAAACGAUUCCUUCCACCGUUUCCCUGUCCCUCACGUUGCUUCGAAGCCACUUUCCACCGUCGGCGACCUCCUACACUUCGAUUUUGUCCCUCAAGUCUCUCUUGGAAUCGAUAGGUUAACAAUCGACUCUGCUCUCACCAAGUUCUUUGACGACGUUAUUCCUCGGAGAAUCGACGAUGAUAAUGAUUAUCGCGAUGCUUGUGAUUGGUCUUCGAGACUCCAUGGUUCCAGGGACAGGAUUUUCUCUUCGGGAAGUGUUGAAACUCGAUUUCUGGAGGAAGAAGCCAAGGGUAAAUACGAAGAAAAUAUGGAGGGGGGCUGGAAGAAUUUUGGUUCUGAAACUUCAGAGAUUGAAUUUGUAAAAAAGGAUAUUGGGACUGAUACAAGGAAUAGAAACCUUGCAUAUGAUAUGAUCCAAUUUGAAACGCCUCAGCUUGAUGCAUCCGUGGAAAAUGCUUUCUUGUUUGAGAAGGAGGAGGUACAAAUUCUUACGGUAUUGUCAGAGGUCGAAUUUGAUCUUAAGACACUGAAUCAAGGCCUUCUUAAGUACUCUUCGGAGGUGAAGGAAUCAGUUUAUGCUGUUGAAGGCAUUACCUCAGAAUAUCUCUUGGACCAAAGAUCUUUCUCGUUUGAAGACGAUUUUUCUCAGGACCGGAGCCUAUCGAAUCAAUUGACUUUUCCCUUCUUAGAAGUAGACGAGAUGGUUCUUGAAACUUUGGCAUUCUUAUCCUUGCAGGAUGAACUUUUUUAUAUUCUUGAUAAUACUGAACCUCACAGGAUACAAGAUGAUAAUUUACUUGUCAGCAAUGAAGAAUAUUUGUGCUCCAUGAAGUGUGACAUUGAAGAGUUUCUUUCGGAUCAUAUUUUAAGGCCAUGUGCAGUUUCUGAGAUGGUAUCUCUUGACAUUUUGGGAGGAUCAGAGUUAAUGAGCUUGAUAGAAACUUUGGAGAUUCCAGCAAGCUCUGCAGUUCACACAAAAUCAAGUUUUGAUUUUCCUUUAGGACCUGCUAGUUUUGAAGAAUUCCAGCUGUUGGACAUAUACUUGGAUCAACCUUUUGGAAUCUUCUUUGAUUUGGAAUUAUCAGCCUUGUCAGAAAUUGGCGACUGUAUAUCCAUGGAAAGCACGAAUUUCAAGAGUUUCAAUGAAUUGAUUGUUUGUCAUGAACUUGCUCUUGUAGAUGACACGUUCAAGUCAUUACCUGUACCUAUCCUAUCUAGUCAGGGAUCUGAAAGACCACUGCUUGCCUUCAUAGAGGAUGUAUUAGCAAACCUAAAUGCACAAUCAUUAUCUGCUUCUGAUGACAUAUAUUUGGAUUGGUAUCUAUUGGAGGAAAAUAGCUGCAGCUCUGGAAUUUAUUCGUCGUAUCAGAAUAUUUUGGAAGAAAUUAAUUUGAAACCCAUAGAAUUUGAUCAGGAACCUUGUGGAAAUGAUAGUACAUUCUAUACAUAUGUUUUCUCAGAUGAAGCUUUAGUCAGAGAAACAACAGGAGACAAGGAUGAAUUAAAGGAGUCUUUUCCUGAUGGUAUUUCUAUGCCUCCUAGUGAAACCGUUUUUGUUGCUUCAAGAAAAUUGUUGAAUGAUAGAUGUCAUCAAAAAGGAAGGCAAGAUCUUGCAGCUGAUGGAAAUACCAAGAAGGCUUUAUCGUCAUGGAAAUCAAAAUCAGAGUCCAACGAUCCCAACUUGUUCUUGAAUUCUCAGAAACCUGCUGGUGUGGGAAAAAAUGAAUCUGUAUUUAGUGCAAUUAACACCAAUAUUAUGUUCCCCAAGGUUCCAUGUGAUGGAAAAUUGAGUAAUGAGCCUUCUGUGUCCAGUGUUGAUUGUAGUCUGAAACAAUUGUCCACUGCUGAUGGUAGACUGAAACAACUGAAUGUUGUAUUACAUCAAGUUUUUCUGUCUGAUAACAUUCUACAUCUCAUCAACAACUCUGAGAAAACAUAUCUAGCUAUUUUGCAGAAUGAGACAGAGCUGAGGAAGACAUAUCUUCCGUAUGUAGCUGAUGAUUAUUCUUUAAUGCUCAGCCUUCAGAAACAGAAGUUGAUAGACUGUGUUGAAAAAAUAUGCUUGCAAGGAACCAGUACCUACUGGGAAGAAAAAAUAAUGACAUUAGCCACGUUAUAUGCCACUAAACAGAUAGCUUGGUAUUUGUGUUACUAUGGUAUCUACCCAGCUCAUCUAUAUCUAAAGAAGUUAUGUCAGAGCAUGGAUUGUUUAAAAUCGAGGUUGGGUUUCUUGGUGUCCUUGAUUGAGGAGGCAGGAAAAAAGGUUGACAGAGAAAUUACCUUAUCACAUCCGGCACUUACUACUAUCCAGGAUAUAUUAUGCUCAAAGACUUCUACUAGUACUCUCAAAGUUCUGGUUGUAGCAAACCGAAUCUUUUGGUGGUCAUUGAAAAAACUACUCGGGUCCUUGGGCUUAUCUUUUGAAGAGCUAAAUUAUGGGAGUCCUACGGAUGAUCAAGUGUCUAAUGCAACCAUUAUGGUGGAUGGCCUUGUUUCCAAUUGUUUAUUGGUAUCCCAAGAGUACGUAUCCGGGAGUUUUCCAUUCAACAGAUUUAGCAUUAUCUUGGAAUAUGGAGGUCCGAAUGGUUCUUCUCAGAUCGCCACUUAUUUUUCAAAAUUAAUCGACAUGCCUCAUAUACACUUUGUAAUAUUGGGGCUGGAUAAGGGUGGAAAUUGCGAAGCAUUUUGUGAAGGUGUUGAUCUGCCUCAACAUAAUGAAUUGACAAUCGAAGAGAAGUCUUUGGUGGAGAAUCAGACCAGGUUGUUAAUAAAAUUGUUGAACAUUUUACCUGUUGAGGAAAAGUGUACAUUGGCAUCUUCAGAGGAAACAAUUGAAGCAGGGGAUCGCAGCAUGCCUCUACGAAUGCCAGCAGUACCAGUCUUAGAUAAACCUCAACAUAUUGACCUCGUGUCAUUUCCUGAAGCAAUUAUUAUUGUUAACACUCAGAAAUUCGAAAAGGAAAUGAUUGUAUGUAGAAGAAGUUCGUAUCAAAGGAUUCUUACAUUGGAGAAAGAAGGUGUGCAGGUUGUGGAACGAGAUAUGAGUUUGCCUGUGGAUCUAAUAAUUACUUCUGGAAUUUGCUUAAUAUGGUAUGACUGCACAAAUAUUCUCAGGAAAGCCGGUACUUCAAAUGAAGCUUCUUCAUGCUUGAAUUCAUGCAUAGACAAUAUUGCAACGGAUGUUUUGACAUCUCUAAGUCUAGCUUUUCGGGGUUGCGUUCUGGUCUUUGAGGGAGAAAUCGGUUCCCUUUCCAUCGUAAUGGAAUCAUCAGAUGGACUUUAUGCAGCAGCAGCAAGUUUAGAGAUUGAUUUUCAGCUCUUCUGCUCCUAUUCAUCUGAAUUGACGGAUGAAAUUAUCCUGGGCUGCAUUGAGAACUUUUCUAAGUUCACGGCUAGGUGCCUAUACCCCAAGAUGUCUGAAUCAGAAACUCUUGCAGAAUCAUUUCUUACGAGUUUCCCUUCAAUUAAUCCUUUGGCAGCUCACGGGAUACUUUCUUCAGAAAGCAUUCUUGCUGACUUUCUAGAGUGGCCACAUGAGCACAGGCUCCAAGCAAUUAGAAAAUAUCGUAUUCCUGAUGAAAGUGUCUCUCUAUUUAGUGCUCUGUGCAAAUAUGGUGAGCGGGAGGAUUCAAAAUCCGUGAUGACAGACUGCUCAUCUUCUGUAUCCUCUGGUCCUGAUUCAGAAAUGUGUCACUUUAGUGGUAAUUCUGAGAGAAAGAAAAGAAACUUCAACGGUGUUACACAAUGCAUUGAUAAAAAUAUGGAGUUUUUGAAUUCCUAUACGCUGAAACCGUUCACUACUGACACUGCAGAAACUUUAGCAGCAUCCAAGUCAUUUGGUUCUCAAAUGUUUGAAGAUCCCGAAAUCUUUUGUGAUCUCAAAGGGUUUUCUUCAUCUGUAAAUAAUUUGUUUAAUCAAAACCAUAAUCUAGAGUCUUUUGAUGCAUCUAUAUCGAUGGAUCCUACCGGGGUCUGUAAGCCACGUGAUUCUUGGAUCUCCACAGCUCCUGAAAUAUCCGAUGAGAUUAGAGGGCGUUGCUCAUCAUUUGUUCAAAAUCAAGGAUCAGACCGAAAUAAAAAGAAAGUACAAAACUUUCAUAAUAUGAAUAAGUCUGAGAAUCAGCAUGAGGAGCUUAUAGGUGAAGUAGUUAACCUGAUUGAUAACACCGUAUUAAAAGAUCACUUUGCACCUAUGGCUCCUAUGACUUUCUUGCCUUCGAUGCUUGAUAAUGAAAAAGAUUCAUCAAGAAAGUCCAAAAUUCAAAGACGAUUGUCUUGUGGACAAAGCGAUCACCCUUUCUGUGCAGUUGAUAUUGGGAACAACUCAAAUUCAGAUUUUUGGAGUUCUAUCAAUUUGCAUGGGCAGAAUUUGCGAGGAUUGGACAAUCAGUUUCCCGAUCCUAGUUUCGAACCCAGUAUUAUGCCUCUUCGGUACAAGGAUGAUCACUCAGAUGAGGGUUUAGUACAAAAUCCUGUAAGAGAUUCAAAACUAUUAUUUUCACUCUCACAAAAGGACACAUCACAUUCAGAUGUAACCCCGUUGUCCAUUGCCCUCCGUUCGAAACAUCUUCAAGAAAGUUCACCUUGGACUAUUGAAUUUCUUAACCGAAUUAGGGAAAAAAGCAAAAACCGUCGGCAUUCUGCUCCACGUGGCUCAUCUUCACCUUUUCCUGAGAAUUUGAGUAAUGUUAAAAAAACUGUCAAAAGAAGAAGUCCCUCCAUUCUUGAAUUUUUCAAGUACCAAGGGGGCAGCACUCUGAAGAAACCGGAUCAAAAGAGGCAGAAGAAAUCAUUGCAAUCAUCAAACUCGUCCAAGAAUGUAUUAGCUUCAAAUAAUAAAUUUUCUUCAUGGACGCCUAUUGAUAAAAGAUCAAGACAGACUUUAUCUUUUGCAACUGAUGGCAAUGGGAGCCAAACUAAGCUGGUCUGGAGCAAUGACAAUUAUGGUUCAGGAAAAAGCUCACAGAAACUUGGUAAUAAAUGAUGCAAUAGAACACUGGAUAUACUGGCAAACUAACAGGUCAUUCUUGAAGUCUUUCUUCUUUAAUAUCAUAUCUUUGAAGUUAUAAAUACCAGUAAUUAUGCUUAAUACGCAGAUUUUCAACAGUGGACUAUUCUAGUACAACUCAAAUGAUUGAUACUACAACUUACUCGCAAAAGUGAUAUCCUUGAUAUUUCACUAGUAAGGUUUAUUGAAGCUACAGCUACAUCUUCCUUUAGUAAUAACUUAGAAGCAUAGAAUUCUCAUAUUGACAUUAUCCUAUCAACUACACAUGAUUAGUGUCAUAAUCAAUACCAGCCUGCUGAUGAAACUCUUAUUUCUAAUUUGCGUAAAGAUGUACACUUUUACUUUAAAAACCUUUCUCCAGAAAAAUUAAACGAAGCAAUUUCUUCAAGCGAUACCAAUCUAUAAAGUUCCCAAAGCCGACUGUAACUAGAACGCAGUGUUAAUUUCUAGGAAUUGCUUUUAUAAAAAUUUUGAAAGUGGUGAUUUGGUGAUUUAUGUUUUGUUAUUUCAAAACCUGUAACUUGCAAGGAGCAGCACUGUGUGAUUUCAUGACUCGUGAGUCGUGACCAUGGCAGAGAACCAAAGCACUGGAACAUUCUCAGUUGUGUUUAAACAUCUUAUGGCGACAAGCGUAGAAUUUAUUUUCAUACUCAAAUGCCAUUUUACAUAAUUUAACCAUGGAAGAAAGAUUGUGUCCCAUGUUUGAGAGCUCAUCAUUCAAAAUUCCAGUCAAAUGCACUUCAUUGAAUUUUUUUCCCAUGUGUCAAUAUGAAUUGCUGACUUAAAAGUGACAGUUUUUCUCUUCAUAGAACUGUAUUCGAAUCAUGAUUUUGAUCAACUUAAUAAAGCCCUUAUCUAGAAUGGAUGGCUUAAGGACAAAUGUGUCAACUAUGAUUAUACCCUUCAUCAAAUUGUUACCAAUAAAUUUUUG